UAUUGCAUCCCGAUACAGCUCUUGAUUUGGUUAAAAAAAGGAAAGCCUCUCUUUAAACAUGCAUAAAAUUGCUACAAUAUUUCUUAUUACAGUGUCAAUAAGCAUCAUAGAAGGAAUAGGUAUUACACGUGGUCGAUUAAUUCAUGGAAAAUAUUUCGGUCCUGUAAAUGAAACUUCUACGCUUCCAAAGGGGAUUAAUGACGAGAGAAUUGAAAUUGGGUGGAUUUCUCAGCCGCUUGAUCAUUUUAAUAAACACGAUAAUCGAACGUGGAAUCAGAAAUUUGCAACAAAUAAUACUUUCUUCCGAGCUGGCGGACCAGCUUGCAUCGUCAUAGGCGGUGAAAGUCCUAUGGAUCCGAGGUGGAUCGUAUUUGGACAAAUGGUCAACUAUUGUCAGCAAUUGAAUGGAGUAAUUUACAUGCUUGAACAUCGAUUUUAUGGAGAAUCAACACCAACACCAGACGCAACGGUAGAAAGCUUGAAGUAUUUGACGGUAGGCCAAGCUCUCGAAGAUUUAGCGAAAUUCAUUAAAUAUGUGAAAUCUAAUGAAAUCCAUGAGGUAAUUCUAUUUGGUGGCUCUUAUGCUGGAACUCUUGCGGCAUACUUUAGACAAAAGUUUCCAAACUUCUCGCACAUUUCCUUAGCCAGUUCGGGUCCAAUUCAAUGGAAAUACGAUUUUAAAGAGUACAUGGAAGUCGUUGGGACUGUGCUGAAACAGUACGGAAGUUGUUACGAUAUUGUAAAAUCUGGGAUGGAAGAAAUGGAAAACAUAAUUUCAUCGGCCAAGAAUGAAAGUAAACCUGUCAACGACUUUCUAAGUCCUUUAACGUUAUGUGAAGAUCUUUAUGCUAAAAACACAAGGGAUGUCAGCAACUUUUAUGCUUCCAUAUCAUCAGUUUUCUCAUACUACGUGCAAUACAAUGUUGACCAUUCUGCACAACUUUCAGUUAGAGAGAUUUGUGAAUAUGCCACGAACGCUAGGUCAAAUAGGUCACAAUCCAAUUUUCAAAUCCUUGCAAACCUAAUAAAUUUGAUGAACAAAAAUAUGGACGAGGAAUGUAUCGAAGUUUCGAACGACGAUUUCUGCAACUUUAUAAGCCAAACGAGUUGGGAAGAUGAUGCUGUAAAAUAUGGAGCUAGAGUGUGGAACUGGCAAGUUUGCAAUGAAUUGGGAGCAUUUCAAACCACCAAUUCAAACAAACAACCCUUUGUAGGAGUUACCACUCAACUUUAUGUGAACCAAUGUCAAUGCGCUUUUGGGAAAAAGUUCACAGAAAAAUAUAUUCAAAAUGCUGUACGGGGACAUAAUCUGAUAUACGGAGAAUUCAAAGUUCCACGCUAUCGUGUAAUUUACACGAAUGGUGUAAAUGACCCAUGGAGUAAAUUGGGAGUCCUUAGUCUCCAACAAAUCCAUCAGAUAAGCACAACGACAAGUUCGCCCAAUGGGAAUUGCGUCAUUCUCAUUAAAGGCGCAUCUCAUUGCAACGACAUACAACCCGACCAACCAUACGAUACCCCCGACCUUCAACAAGCAAGAAUUGAAACGCUUACUUGCAUAAAGAACUGGAUGAAGAAUUGAUGGAAAUCUUUAUUACUCAUUGUUUCAAAUAUAACUGGCCAUCGAACAAUUAAUAAUAAUAAGUUUUGGUACUCAAGAAUAAUAAAAUCCAUUCGUAUUAAAAUAA